AUGUGCAUCCCUUCCGAAGCUGCGAGCUCGGUCGAAGAGGAUGACCUUCCCAGAAUAGAGGAGGACCGGUCUUCGGUCAAAGGAUUGAUUCCACUACCAUCUCCAGUCACUGGAGCCCUGGCCUGCUUGCCAGUGCUGUGCAUAGUGGUUGGGGCCAGAGCUGCCUCCCGGCCUCCUAGCACAGAGCUUGUGAGGGGAGAAACAGAGGUCCCAGAGCCUGAGCCUCUCCAGCAGGAGCAGGUGGCCUUUGGCAGUGGGGACACCCUGGAGCUGAUCUGCUCUCUGCCUGGAGGAGCCUCCACAGGCUGCACUGUCUGGUCUAAGGAUGGCACAAGGCUGGCAGCCUCCCACCGCAUCCUAUUGGGGCCCCAGAGGCUACGAAUGCUGAAUGCCUCCAGUGAGGAUGCGGGGGUCUACAUCUGUCAUUAGCAGCUCACUCGGGG